AGUGGUCGAGCGGUAUGUAGGGUGCCAGCGUCCAGCAGAAACUCGCGAGGAAGUUUGGGCCAGUCCACGAGCCGUCGCCCGCUCCGGUUGCGGAUUGGCCAGGCGCAGCGCGGCGUUCACGAUCAGGCCCAUUGUGGAGCUCCCUGUUGCUGACGUCAUGCUUCAGACCCGCCCGACGUUCACUGGCCCAGAUCUGGUCGAAUCACUCCACUCGUAGGCGGGCUAACCUGUCGUGACCGGCACGGUUAGCCUGCCUUCGCCGCCGAGGAUUGGCCCGCGCCGGGACCUGUCUGUCGCGGUGGUGUCUGGGAAGGAGAGAAAAUGGCGGCGGGCCCGAGCAAGACCGAAAUCCAGACUCUUUUUAAGAGGCUUCGCGCAAUUCCCACCAACAAGGCCUGUUUCGAUUGUGGCGCCAAGAGUCCUAGUUGGGCCAGCAUCACGUAUGGUGUGUUUUUGUGUAUUGACUGCUCCGGAGUGCAUCGCUCCUUGGGUGUCCAUCUCAGCUUUAUCAGGUCCACAGAGUUGGAUUCGAACUGGAACUGGUUGCAGCUGAGGUGUAUGCAGGUCGGCGGGAAUGCCAAUGCGACUGCUUUUUUCCGCCAACACGGAUGUAUGGCCAACGAUGCUAACACCAAAUAUAACAGCCGAGCUGCCCAGAUGUACCGAGAGAAGAUCCGGCAAUUAGGGAGUGCGGCUCUGGCUAGGCAUGGCACUGAUCUUUGGAUAGACAGUAUGAACAGUGCUCCUAGUCACUCUCCAGAGAAGAAAGAUGCUGAUUUCUUCACGGAACAUACUCAGGCCCCUGCUUGGGAUACAGCAGCCACAGAUCCUCCAGGGACCCAGCAACCAGCCCUACCUUCAGAGAGCAGUAGCCUGGCACAACCUGAACAUGGCCCUAACACUGAUCUUCUUGGAACCUCACCCCAAGCCUCUCUGGAACUGAAAAGCUCCAUUAUUGGCAAGAAGAAGCCAGCAGCAACUAAGAAAGGGCUGGGUGCCAAGAAAGGCCUGGGAGCUCAGAAGGUGAGCAACCAGAGCUUUACUGAGAUUGAGCGGCAGGCCCAGGUGGCAGAGAAGCUCCGAGAGCAGCAGGCAGCUGAUGCCAAGAAGCAGGCAGAAGAGUCCAUGGUUGCCUCCAUGCGUCUGGCCUACCAGGAGCUCCAGAUUGAUCGCAAGAAGGAGGAGAAAAAGCUACAGAACCUUGAAGGAAAGAAGCGAGAGCAGGCUGAAAGGCUGGGCAUGGGCUUGGUGUCCCGGAGCUCCAUCUCCCACUCUGUGCUGUCUGAGAUGCAGAUGAUUGAACAGGAAACCCCGUUGAGCGCAAAAUCCUCCCGCUCACAGCUUGACUUGUUUGAUGAUGUUGGAACAUUUGCUUCUGGACCCCCAAAGUACAAGGAUAACCCCUUUUCCUUGGGAGAAACUUUUGGUUCCCGCUGGGAUUCAGAUGUAGCCUGGGGUAUGGACAGGGUAGAAGAGAAGGAACCUGAAGUUACCAUCUCCAGCAUCCGGCCUGUUUCAGAAAGAACCACAAGUCGGAGGGAAGUGGAGAGUCGCAGCUCAGGUCUUGAGUCCAGUGAAGCACGUCAGAAGUUUGCAGGAGCCAAAGCCAUCUCGUCUGACAUGUUCUUUGGUAGAGAGGUGGAUUCUGAGUAUGAAGCCAGGUCUCGGUUACAGCAGCUUUCAGGCAGCAGUGCCAUCAGCUCUUCAGACCUUUUUGGGGACGUGGAUGGAGGUCAUGGAGGAGGAACCGUAUCUCUGGGGAAUGUACUUCCUACAGCUGACAUUGCCCAGUUUAAGCAGGGUGUCAAGUCUGUGGCUGGCAAGAUGGCUGUGCUGGCCAAUGGUGUGAUGAAUUCUUUACAGGAUCGCUACGGUUCCUACUGAUGCAGGCUCCAUGGCUUAGGCCUGUGGUGGUGACUGCAAGAACCCUGAUUCCCAGGCCAGAGAUGCCUGUCUUGUGGAUCUGGGGAUUUGUUGACUGUGUGUGUGGUGUGUGAGUUGGAUGACUUGGGAGGAUCUUAGAGGGGAAUGGUCGGCAUCAGCCCUUGUCCUCAGCCUGUGCAUUGAGUCCUGGUCCUCACCCCUUCACACUCUCCCUCCAUGCUAGUGUCUGUCCUUCCUUCCAGUCCUGCCCCAAAGCUGCUGCUGCUUGGCCUGCUGCACUGGGAAUGAGGGGAGGAGUCCUUCCCCAAGGAGGGAAGGCAUAAGGCUUUUGCAGGCUCUAGGAUCCUUAUAAGUGGUCUGGGGGCUUGGGCCUCCAUCUUCUGGAGACAGGGGAGGCCUAGUAAGAGUUGAGCUGUAUCAGCCCUCGGGGGGAGUUCUGAACUUGCCGCUGCUGCUGCUGUCAGUGGCCUCUUGUGGGUUCCAGGGAAGGAUGGGUUAGGAGAAGGAGGACCAUGGUAGCUCACUAAGAGCUAAAACUUUUGCUUGGUACCUGAAGGUUUUAUUUGGGAUCAGCUGGAGGCCUGAGCAAUCUUCCGUUGUCACAGCUCCCCGUGGAGGCUGACUUCUGCCUAGGUGUUUGAGAGCCUUUCUUUAUCUCCCAUACUGUGGAUCGCAAAACCCUCUGUCUAUGCUUGAGACCCUCUCUCUGUGUCCUGCCUGGCCCCAUGGCAAGUCUCAUCUGUGUGUCCUGCCUGGAUGCUGGGAAUCUCUUAGCUGAGGAAGCUGAGACUCUGAGAAAGAAGCCCGCGGAGCUCAGCUUUCAUCCUCUGCAUCAUCCUGGGUUUAGGGGUCCUGGACAGCACCCCAUCAGCCAGUGAGAGCGUGAGGACCUGCAGCUGCAGGCUCCAUCCACUGGCAGCUGGGCCACGCACUGUGUCAUCCUUGGUGCCAUCUCACCCUGCCAUGCUGGCAGUCUGGGCCCAACCUCUCUACCUGUGGAUUGCAGGUUGGGCUCCCAAACAACACAGACCACUUCCCUCAUCCCUCCCCAGAGGGACAUGACUUUCUUUCAGCACUGUUUGUAUUGAAAAAGUGGUGUCAAAAUAAAGCCCCCACGGGGCCCUGUGGGUCA